CUCGCCCAUCAGUUCCGAGUCCGCGGGAACCCUGCAGGUCUAGCCUCGCAGGCUUCUCUGCUCCUCCUCCCCGUAGUUUCUCCCACGGCCUUGGUCCCUCCCCGGCUGCUGUCCUCAGGCCUCAUUGGUCCCUUAUCUCCCCAGUAACCAGACCACAACACUGAGCUUGGAGUACCAAGAACAGGGCGGGCCCGUCAGCAGGAGGCCAGCCCUUUUUGGCCAGGAUGCCUUUGGGACGCCCGGCAGGGAGUGCCCGCUCCGAGGAGGGAAGCGAGGCCUUUCUGGAGGGAAUGGUGGAUUGGGAGCUGAGUCGACUGCAGCGACAGUGCAAGGUGAUGGAGGGGGAGAGGCGGGCCUACAGCAAAGAAGUCCACCAGCGCAUCAACAAGCAACUCGAGGAGAUCCGGCGCUUGGAGGAGGUACGCGCCGAUCUCCAGAUGCAGAUCAGUGCAGCCCAGAACCAGGUCAAGCGGCUUCGGGACAGCGAGCGGCUGGAGAACAUGGACCGCCUGCUGAAGGGCCGGGUCCAGGUGCAGGCGGAGGUCGAGGAGCUACAGGAGCAGACCAGGGCCCUGGACAAACAGAUCCAGGAGUGGGAGACACGGAUCUUUACCCACAGUAAGAAUGUCAGGUCCUCAGGAUUCAUCCGAGAUCAGAAGGUCAAGAUCCGGCGAAGGAUCAGGAUUCUGGAAGACCAGUUGGACAGGGCCACCUGUCACUUUGACAUCCAGCUGGUGCAGAACGCCACCCUGCGUGAGGAGCUGGAUCUGCUGCGGAUCGAGAGGAACCGCUAUCUGAACAUGGACCGCAAGCUCAAGAAGAAGAUUCACCACCUGCAGCACAUGGUCAGCACUCUUAUCCUCUCCUCCACCUCUGCCUAUGCCGUCAGGGAGGAGGCGAAGGCCAAGAUGGGCUUGCUGCGGGAGCGCGCAGAGAAGGAAGAGGCCCAGAGCGCGACGGAGGCGCAGGUCCUGCAGCGGCAGAUCUCGCACCUGGAGCAGCUGCACUGCUUCCUCAAGCUCAAGCACAACGACCGGCAGCUGGAUCCCAACGUCCUGUGGAAGCGUGAAAAGCGGGCUCGGGAGGUGGCUAAGGGCCUCCGGAAGACCUCCCAGGAGACGCUGGUGCUUCGCUAUGAGGAUGCCCUGAAUAAACUGUCCCAGCUGACGGGGGAGAGCAACCCUGACCUGCUGGUACAGAAGUAUCUGGAGAUUGAGGAGCGAAACUUUGCUGAGUUUAACUUCAUCAAUGAGCAGAACUUGGAGCUGGAGCAUGUGCAGGAAGAGAUCAAGGAGAUGCAGGAGGCUUUGGGGAACGCACGUGCCAGCGAGGAUGACCGGAAUUUGCUGCAGGAGCAGCAGCAGAAGGAGUUGCAGCAACGUGUGGACAAGGUGCGCUCAGAGGCCGAGCACCUUGAGGCCUGCUUCCAGGAUGUGCGGGAAAAGCUGGAGAAGCUCAAGGCUGGUAUCCAGCUCCUCUUCACCAAGGCCUGCUGUGAUGGCAGCGUGAUCGACGACCUCCUUGGGACCAAGACCAGCAUGCGAGACCGAGACCUCGGCCUCUUCCUGAGCCUCAUCGAGAAGCGGCUGGUGGAGCUCCUCACAGUGCAGGCCUUCCUGGGUGCCCAGAACUUCACCUCCUUGGCCAACGCUGCCCUUCUGGUGUUGGGCCAGAACCUAGAGGACUUUCCGAAGAAGAUGGCUCCACUGCGGCCCCCGGACAAUCUAGAAGACCCCCCGGGUUUUGAGGCCAGAGAUGACUACCCCAUGAGCAGGGAGGAGCUGCUGUGCCAGGUGGAGAAGCUGGUGGAGCUCCAGGAGCAGGCAGAGGCACAGCGCCAGAAGGACCUGGCUGACGCCGCUGCGAAGCUGGAUGGCACCCUGGGCGUGGACCUGGCCAGCACCCAGAGGAAUGGCUCCAGCACCGCCCUGGUGCCCUCCUUGCAGCCCCGUGCCAUCCCUGGGUCCAUCUUGAGCCACGGGACUAGCAAAGACCGCAGCCCUCAUGGCCGUGUCACUUUUGGCCCCCUCAGCCCCACUGCGGGGCAUUUGCCCAGCCGCGCCACCCACGGUGACCCAAGCACUGGCCACAUGACCUUGGGCUCCACCAGUGCCUCGAGUGGGGGCCAUGUGACCCUCAGACCUGUCAGUGCCAGCAGCUACCUGGGCUCCACGGGAUACGUGGGGUCCAGCAGAGGCGGAGAAAGCGCGGAGAGGGGUGUGGAGAGCAGAGGCACUGCGUCCGACUCCAGCGGAGGCCUCGGGUCCAGCAGAGGCCGUGCCUCCAGCCCCGGCCCCGGCUCCUCCACCAGCAAAGACUCCCGGGGCUAACACGAGGGGCACGCGGUCCCCACCCUGUCCUGGCUGUCUGCGGGGUCUCUUGUGUCUCUGCUUCCCUGUUUGCCUUGUGGGUCUCCGUCUUCUCCCAGUCCCAGGCCUGUCUUUUUGCCCCCCACCUGUUUCCAUCCGCCCUUCCUCACUGCCACGUCUGUCUCCCCGUCCUUCUCUCUGCUCCUGAGCCUGCUUUUCCUUUUGCCUCCCGACCUCCUGUUCUCUUGGCUUCCUGGUCAGUCUCUUGUCUUGUCUCCAUAACUGUCCCUUCCCUGUCUGCUGAGCCCUGACUCCCUGUGGGUCCCCCACCUCCCGCUUCUGGCUCGCUCUCCUGUCCAUCUCCCAGGCUAUCCAUGCAUCCUGCGUCCCUGUCUCUGUAGCUCCUCGCUCCCCAAGAGCCCUCCAGUGCUGACAGGCAGGGAAAGAGUCAGCGCCAAGACGCCAGGUUCAGCAUGGCAAAAUGGGAGUGUGGGAAAUAAAAGCAUCUGUGUGGAGAGCAGGCGUCAGGCAUGGCUGCUUCCUCCACGUCAGGCCUGGGGGUACAUCUGUGACCCUGUCCCGAUUCUCUGCCAUUCAUUCAUUUACUCAGCAUUUAUUCUUUUUUGUUGAGACA